AUGGAUGAGACUAACCUGAGCGCGCCAGCGGCCGCCGUGGCGGAGGCCGAGCGGUCCCUGAAUGCCUCCGCCGGAGGGAAUGCCUCCGCCGGGGAUCCCCGGCCGCACAUCCCCGUGGUGCACUGGGUCAUCAUGAGCGUCUCCCCGCUGGGGUUUGUGCAGAACGGAAUCCUCCUCUGGUUCCUGUGCUUCCGGAUGCGCAGGAACCCCUUCGCUGUGUACAUCACCCACCUGUCCGUCGCGGACAUCUCCCUGCUUUUCUGCAUCUUCAUCCUGUCCACCGACUACGCCCUGGACUACGAGCUCUCCUCCGGGCACUAUUACACCAUGGUCACACUGUCCGUGACCUUCCUGUUUGGCUACAACACGGGCCUCUACCUGCUGACGGCUAUCAGCGUGGAGCGCUGCCUGUCGGUCCUGUACCCCAUCUGGUACCGAUGCCAUCGGCCCAAACACCAGUCGGCGUGUGUCUGCGCCCUGCUCUGGGCUCUGUCCUGCUUGGUCACCACCAUGGAGUAUGUCAUGUGCAUUGAUGCUGCUGAGGAGAGUCGCUCACGGGGCGACUGCCGCGCCGUCAUCAUCUUCAUUGCCAUCCUUAGCUUCCUGGUGUUCACCCCACUCAUGCUGGUGUCCAGUGCCGUCCUGGUGGUGAAGAUCCGCAAGAACACGUGGACUGCCCAUUCCUCGAAGCUGUACCUCGUCAUCACAGUCACCAUCGUCAUCUUCCUCAUCUUCGCCAUGCCCAUGAGGUUACUCUAUUUGCUCUACUAUGAGGACUGGUCGACGUUCGGCAACCUGCACAACAUUUCUCUCCUCUUCUCCACCAUCAACAGCAGUGCCAACCCCUUCAUCUACUUCUUCGUAGGCAGCAGUAAGAAGAAGCGGUUCAAGGAGUCCUUGAAAGUGGUGCUGACCAGGGCUUUCAAAGAUGAAACGCAGCCCCGGCCGGAAGACAGCGGCAACACUGUGUCCGUUGAAACCGUGGUCUAG